AUGGCGUCAGCUGUUCGCAGUUUUGUGGUAUUCAAGGACGAUGCCCCACCAUCCCCUUCGAAGUCGACCGAGUCCGAUGAUGUGAAUCUUCCCAUUCCUAUCGCAGUUGCCCCUCCUCCUCCAGGUCCUCUGCUUGUUUAUUGUCCUGACAAGGAGAACAUCAACCCCACAACUGGUGCUCGCGCUAACACUGACCCGACGACCAAGAAGCGCAAAACUAACGUUCUCGCUACCAAGUUACACAUUCCUCCGCCUAGCAAGAAGCAAAAGGAGUCGAAGGAGGCCAAAAAACGCGGCUUGACGGCGGAUUCAACGUCCACUUCGUCGACAGGACGUGCUGUGGUAGAGAAGAAGGUCAAGCGUAUAUUGACCUCAAAGCGGAACGGGAACGUGGGGCCUAGUCGUGCGCGGAGGUCACCGUCGCUGCCGAGGGUGACUGAGGAGGUUGAUGCCGAACCUGUGAAGGAUACAGAGUCGGAGCGCCUCUCCCAAGUAGCCGCAGAUGUGCGCUGCUACGAAUUGACGGUCAUGCCAUUGGCCGAUCUAUCGAAGGCUUAUGAGCAAUCCCCUCCCCCUGAGGAUCAUGCUACUCCUGUGGACCCUCCCAAGGAGGAACCAGAAGCAAAGGAGCAGGAACAAUUGGUUGAAACAGAGGAAGGACCUGAGAAAAUUCCUUCGCCCGCUCCCUCCUCAAGAGAAUCAUCCUCGCCGUCCCCAGCCGGCCUUGCCAUCUUCUCGACACCAGAACGAAAACGCAUAUACUCCGCAUUCACCUUCUCUACACCCUCUCGCUCUGGCGAACGAUAUGCGACCCUCCGAGGGUCUAGUGUGGAUCGGUUCUCUGAUUUGGAUAUCUAG